AUGGGUCAGUCAGUGUCGCGAGAUGACUUCAUCUGGACGUAUACAGAGCAGCCACAUAUGAGUAGAAGAGAUGCUAUAGUUAGAGCACACCCUGAAGUCAGAGAGCUUUUCGGCAUUGAUGAGUCAUUCAAGUUUGUAGUGGUGGCAAUGGUGUUAUUCCAGGUCUUCAUGUGUUGGUUGUUGCAAGAUGCAAGCUGGACGCUAAUAUUUAUAGAAGCGUAUUUUUGUGGCGGCGUUAUUAAUCAUGCGAUGACAUUGGCUAUCCAUGAUAUCUCUCACAAUACUGUAUUUGGAAACAAAUAUCCACUCUCGAAUCGAUUUUUUGGAAUGAUUGCCAAUCUUCCCAUUGGAAUACCAAUAUCCAUUUCUUUCAAGAAGUAUCACGUGGAACAUCAUCGCUAUUUGGGAGAAGAUGGACUAGAUACGGAUGUUCCGACCGAUCUUGAAGCCUACCUCUUCACGACACCUGCUCGAAAAUUCAUCUGGUUGCUCUUUCAGCCGCUAUUCUAUGCAUUUCGUCCGUUGAUUAUCUACAAAAAAGCCCCGUCUGAUCUUGAACUCAUCAAUGCGAUCAUACAGGUAGUACCCCUACCCGUCUAUUGCUUUCGACCUGUUCAUACUACAAACCUUCGGCAUGCGAUCUCUCUUGUAUCUCAUUCUGGGCACUCUUGUCGCGAUGGGAGUUCACCCGAUUAUUAUGGUCCUUGGAAUUUGUGCACGUUCAAUGUCGGCUAUCACGUGGAACACCAUGAUUUUCCGUACAUUCCUGGAAGGAAUCUUCCUGAGGUUCGAAAAAUUGCUCCUGAGUUCUACAACAACCUUAUGACACACUCCUCAUGGACAAAAGUACUGUGGGACUUCGUAUUCUCACCUAAUAUGGGGCCCUUCAUGCGUUUGAAAAGAAAAGCUCGUGUACCGCAGAAUUUUGAAACCAGACACGCUUUGCUUGAAUACUACCAGGCGGUAAGUGUUUCCUUUCUCCAUCAGGUCUACAACGUCUUCCAUAUUGACAAUGGAGCACUUUAG